UGAUUGCGAGACAAGCUGUCUGGCAUAACGUGCACUCAACUCUGCGACUCCCGCGAGCACAAUUGUGGAACCAGUUCUGACUACUGUCUGUGUGCGCGAUAAGAGCGGCUUCAUUCCCCCAGCGAUCAUUACCACUCCAACCGGGGGUGUUACCCGCUGGCUAUAUUGCUAUUGUCGAUUUUCGUGAUACGUGGAAGGUGGAUACGGCGCUGCGGUCCGAUCGUCCAGGAGAAUAUCGGAGAAGCCGAUACAUCACAGCUAACCUCAAGAUCACCCCUACGGAAUGCAGGUCUUACUACCAUUUUGUGAUCCGGGGAGGAGAGUGUUUCUUUUUUUACGCGGCGUUGGUAGUCCAUGUGCGAUACGCUUAACAGCACAAACUAGCAAAUACCGAGGUACAUCCAGAAGGACAAGCUGCUUAUCAUCGGUGGGGUGUGUGUGCUUAUCUGCUCUGAGGCUAAAAGAGUAGCGGCAUUUCGCUGAACGUUUGCGACCAUAGGCAACUGGAGGUUUCACUCUUACCUGCAGAGCCGCUUCCUGGUGCUACUUCCAAUACAGUCACAGCCCUCCACACCUCACCCUGUGAAGUUUUAGUUAUUAUCCUUUGACUAUCGUACAGUAACACUGUGUAAUGUAUUUAGAAAGUCACGCCGUCGGAAGUUGGUGUGUUUGUUUCAAACGCCGAUCGCGUAUACGCCCAUGCCCUCUUUGUACGUGUGUGCGCUGUGUUACACGAUCGACGAAAGCAAGUUUUCACCUCGAUGCGAGUCUGACAAGUUAGUGGAUGGUUGAUGCCCUCUCCUGUCUGUCUAAGCCGUCGUCUUUUUCUCGGUCGUGGCUUCUGGCGGCAAUGUCGGAGCAUAGAAUAACGCAGUUUAGCGCUUGCAGUUCGAUAGUUUUCCGCGACGUCGUCGAGUGAGCAUGGAGUGCGCCGGAAUGUUCAUAAGCACAGCGGAAGCCUUUACAGAAUCAGAGGCUGCUAAACAUGAGCGCGAAUGGGCUGUGUUUCUUCUGUUUUUUGUUGUUCAGGCAUGCUUUGAUCCAGCUCUCUCAAACGCUCAAGGUGGAGCAAACCCGUCUGCGGUGGUCGUGUCUCCCGAUUACGAGAACCGCACCCCGACAGCUCCGCAGGACUCGUUAUCAGCAUUCGAUCAGCUGGUUAUUUCACUUCGGGACUGGGCAACUGCUCAGUAGUACUCGUCGCAUCGGCGUUUGAGAAACGAAGAGUGAUCAGAACUCUCAAGCACAGUAUCAUUCAAUGUACUUUGGUUACUCCCGCGUCGGCACGUGCCGAUCUGCCUUUAUCUUGCUGACACAAUAAUCUGAGAACCAGAGGCCGCCGCCCCAGUUUUAGGGAAGCAUCUAAAGAUACCCGCGUGCAAACACCUGCAGGUCGAUUCGAGGCGUAGACUAUCUGGCACGCUUAGUUCCUUUGACGGGCCGUGAAAUCUAAUAUUUUGGGGGGGUCAAGAAGUCCCGGAAGUCAAAAGAUAACUGCCUCUGGAUAAUCUUUCGACAGUCUGCGACGCGAAAAACAAUCUACGUCUCUGGAAUUUUUUCAUCGGUUAAUCGUCAACCAGUCUGUGUCACGGUGCAAACACAGGCGUCCUUGGCUCGUCGUGCGAGCCAAGGUGGCGGCGAUUUUGUAAAAAGCUGCUAUAACAGUUGGUCGUUCCGAGGUGCCUGAAGCUGGAUUAUGACAUAUUUUUGUGUUCAAAAACGUCUUCCUUACCGACAAGCAAAGUGUUGUGUCUGCCCUGGUGUUCGUGUCAGUCGUGGGGUUUCCUAGUUCCCGUCUAUGGGCCGUCGGGCCGACGCGAUCGGCCCCGUUUGAGCGUUCCCAGACGUCUUUUGCCGGCAGCGGAGGCGUUGCUGACCCCGUUCCUCCACGCCACAGCGUCGCAUUGGUAAAUAACAGGAUAAAGAAACAAAACUGCAGUGACGGACGAGAAGUCGAGCAGCGGACAGGCUAGGCGCGGUCCCGACGCGCGGCGUAAUAAAGACUCAUGUCGAGGCAACCUGAACGCUGCGCAAGGAACCAAGUGAAAUCACUGGUGCAUCCGUGCAGUUUUCAAAGAUUGCUCCGUGUAGUUUGCGAUUCUCCCCAAAUCGCACUCUCGAGGAACAAGACAAGAGGAGUAAAGAAGGCCCUACCCAGUGGCGGGUGCUGUGAGGCAUGUGGCAGGGCGGCAACGCACAGCCACGCCGCUUGACCGGGUUGGCACACUCGUAUUAAUAGGCGGCGAACUGGCAGCUCGUCUCGUGGAAUUAGAGGCCAUCCACCAGGACUCGCGAGCAGCACUUUUUAUCUGAGAAGAGAGGGUUACGCAGGCGUUAGUGACAUUCUUCGAGCGUUUAUCUGCAGCGAGACAGAACAACUUGUGCGCCAAGGACGGGUGACGUCAGCAGAGCGCGACCUGCCGUCUGGUGGACAACAGUCGAGUUCUUCGAAGGUCCCGGGGCGCCGCAUGCUUGCUGGUCACGUUUCCGCCACGGCCCCCACCUAUGUGCUGCUGCGCUUCCCCUGUGAUUCCAAUUUUUUCAGCCUGCCGCUCAAUGUGUUGCCUUGUGCGCUUGACUUCGGUCGUUAUUGAGUUCAGGCAAAUGUGCGUGCACUGCGCAUUUCUUGCCGCUGUCGCGGGCUUCAUCUGAUGCCGUCGCUGCUAUGCAGUGACUCUUGCCUCAACCCAGCCUCAGGAUCAGCCGGAGCAGUCACGACAACUCGCAACGUGGUGCUGAACUGUCGAAUGCCAACCUAAGAUUGUUAGGAGUCUUCCGCAUUGGUGUCUCUGCCAUCUCGCUCGAAGCGUUCGUGACGUCACUCGCUGUACAGCGAAGUUGUCGAGGACAGUCUCCCGUUGCUGCCUCUUGCGGCGGCGGCCCCAGAGGGUAUUCAACGGCGCAGUCCCACUCCAUUCGGAUGCACCGAAAGUGCGAUCUUGUUGCCUUCUUAUGACUCUUCGAGGAGUGCACGUACCCGUCAGCGACUCUCCAGUGUCGUCUCAACCUGGGACGUCUCGUGAUCUGUUUUGGAUCUGCAGCAGCAGUGAGCGAUCCGAACUGUCUGGUGCACCCGUCGUCACCCAAGAAAGACUCUUUCUGCUUCCCCUCUCUCAAAUCUGAAACAGCAGGGCUUUUACGUUUUUCCGCUGCCUCCUUGUCUUCACAGCGACUACGCUUCGGCCCUUACCUUGAGCCGUCCAGCUUCCUCUCUCCGGAGCGAAGGUUUCCUCACCGCUGAAGGGGCGAAUGUCUAUUCUUUCAAAACAUUUCCGGUUUCAGAAACAGCUCAUCCUCUGCAUCGAACAAGGAGACAGCGAGCGGACGACGCGUUGCCUGUACAGUUGAGGGGGGGAGCGUGGUGCCGUUCCGGCAGAACACGCGCGUCAUUUGGCAACUGUCGCUCGUGAUCUAAAUCACGCUGAUUUCCUGGAGAUGCCUGGCACUCCGUCUGUCUCUGGCCUUUUUCAAAGAGAUUUGAGCUCGAAAGACUCAAGGGAAGUGAUGCCACUCACCUCAGCUGUCGCGGGAGGAGGCACAGGCCGAAAGCUGUUGUCUCCCUUUCUCAAGGCCGUGUCGUCGCCCUGGACAAGCUCAGAGCGUUGCUUCUGAAGAUGCUCUAGAAGCGGAGUUUCGCUAUCUGUUUGGGAGACUGAGUCCUUCGAAUGUACGUGAGGCCGCUACAGUCCACUCGGUUUCUGUCCCGCUUGUGUCUCUGUGAGGUACCCAGGCUCCUGGCGCUGGUGCACUCGAGUGGUGAGGUGUACAUCUUCUGCAUUCUGCAUGCCUGUCACGAGCCUCCAGGGCCUGCAUGCGGGUGAAGGACAGUAAAUACGAGGACAGGAGCCACUGAAAUGCCUGCCGCGACCGUCCUUCUGUGGGUCGUAUUCCCUUGCUCUUUUUUUUCAUUUUCCGCCUUCCGUGUGCGUCUGCCCUCCUGCCUUGGCCCGUGUUCGCUUUUCUCUCGCAUGCUGUAGCAAGAUGCCGGAGCCGACGCAGUGUACUUCGUCAUCGCUCCCUCACUCUGCUUCCUCGGACGUAUCUGACUUGUCCGCUUCUUCGCCUUCUCCUCCAUCGCGAGUCUGUUCAAUUGUCUCGGAUGCAUGGCCGCGUGAGACAUUUGUCUCCUCUUCGGCGCCGGCAGCGACAGACGCGCCUUCUGAGGCCUCAUCAUCUACGCUUCCUUCUUCCCUUGUUUCGUCCUUCUCCUCCUCAAUCGAUUUCCAGAGUCCGUCUCCACGGUGGGGGCCGUCGGUGCCGCGCAUGCUCACUAGGCGCUCUGGGAAGACUUGUACAGUUUCUCGCGCUUCCGAUCCCCCUUCCUGUUGUCCACCUUCUGUGCCUAUGUGUCUCGACGAGAUACACGCUCCUCUUCCGAAGGCCUGGCGGGGAAGGGGGAAGAAGAGCAGAGCCCGGUCGCGGUUCUCUCCGGACUCACUGCAAGAAUAUCCGGAGAGCUGGGAAGGCGUAGACGAAGGAGAGGAGACAGAGAGUGAGAAAGAGGCGAGGGCGAGUGGGCGAGAGGACGCGAAGAACGUCGGUCGCAGCGAAGGCGUCCCAGAAGGAGCCAGAUGCGUCGAUUGGGAGAGAGGAAGCAGGGAGGAUGGACACAACAGUCAGAGGGAAGGGUGUGGGGUGGAGGUCGAAAAGAAAGAGGAUGAAGAAGACGUCUCUUUAAGCUCGCGUUGUCGACAACCGCUUCGAGACUAUCCAUGUGAAAGUGAACACAGGAGUGGAAGUGGACAGCGGAGAAACCAUUUGGAAAGGGGAGACUGCGCCGAAGUCAGCGAAGACAUUGGUCGCGACGCCUAUCAGGGAGAACCAAGCCGGACGGAAGGAGAAGAAAGAGAAACUUCAUACGAGGGUCGGACUUGCUGCCCUCACCAAGACGGUGAAACUGGCCAUCCGUCCUCGGAUACUCCUCUUUCUUCGUCGCUCUCGUCGCCCCCUUCUUCCUUUCAAGCCCCUCGCGCCGUCCAUGAGCUGUCUAUGUUGGAAGCAUCUUCCCUCUUGCUGAGUGAGACGCCGACUCUCCGUACACCCCACACUUCCUCCUCUUCUUCUCACCUGUCUCGUGCAUCUUCGUCUGGCGGGUCUUCCGCUUCUCUCUCGGAGAGACGCGAGGAAGGCGGCAGUCUCCACACCGCGAUUGCAGGGAGUCCGACCAGCUCAACGUGUAUGCGCUCUUCGGGAUCUUGUUCUGCUCUGUUUCCUUCGAUCCCCCUAGGUUCGGCUGCAGACUCACACGACGCUGAGGCCGGCGGUCGCCAGGACGGGCCGUUCGCGUUCUCGUCGUGCUUUCCUUCCUCCUCGUCGCUCUCGUGGAGUCCCGUCGGAGCGGAAGACACGCAAGGGAGAGAAGGCGACAUGCAGGAAGAGACACGGGAGUCUCUCUUCGCUUUCUCGGCGUCUCCGGGACAGCUUCGGCACCCCCGAGGCUCGACGCUGUCUGUGGCCACCUUCUCGUCAGACCAGGCGGAAACAUCUCCGUUUUUCUCCUUCUCUUCGUCGCCGCGUCUGCCCUCUUCUCUGUCGUCUGCCGCAUCUGCGUCGCAGUCUCCUUCCUUCGUGUCGACGACCGUCGAGAUCCAGCGAGACGGAGGCGCCGUCGAGGGCCUGGACAGAGAUGUAGCGCGGAAGCUAGCCACUGAGACCUUCCUCACGUUCGCUCAGCCUGUGAGGACCUUUGCCGAGGCGCCGAAAGACGCUGUUUCCCCACAGAAAUCGUUUUCUCCCUUGCGAUCAAGGGGAAAUGGGCUGGACUCGCCUGCGCGCCACACACCUCGUCACGAAGUGAAGGGAAGCAGAGGCGGCGCUGAAGCUGCAGGGUCUCCGUCGUCUUCCUCGUUAACGUCGUCCACCUCACCUCUGUACACGUCGCCUGCGUUGUCUCUCUGUGCUUCGGAACUGAGGCGGAAGGCCGAGAGCGCGCUCGAGGCAAAGGAAGAGGCGAGACAGAUCCGCGAAGAAGACGGCCCAAGAGGCACAACAGCGAUGCCAACAUGUUCACGCUUCUCUGCCUCUCCCGCCUUCCUCUUCUCCCCGUCUUCGGCGGGUCAAGAGAAGCCAGAGGAGGCGGCUCGGUUGGACGGGCGCUGCUCGAAGGCAGAGGCGACGCGCGAGUUUGGAUCGCAGGACGGUACUCCUGUGGGAACUGCAAGACUAAAGGGAGAGGGACGAAGCGCAACGGAACAGAUCGAAGCCAGCCAGUGCCUCUCAGGAAGCAAAGACGCGUCAAACGAUUCGCGAGGCCCAAAGCAUGGAGGAACCGCCCACCUUCCCUGCGCGUCUCCUGUGUCGUCACCGUCUGCCUCACCUCCGUCUGGCGCAUUUCCGUCUGCCUCACCUCCGUCUGCCUCAUUUCCGUCUGCCUCAUUUCCGUCUGGCUCAUUUCCGUCUGUGUCACUUCCGUCUGUGUCACUUCCGUCUUCAUCCGCAUCUGGGUUUUCUCCCUCCGCUCCUUUCUCUUCUUCGUCAUCUUCCUGUUCGUUGUCGUCAUCUUCCUCCGCAUCUUUAUCCUUUCCCUCUUGCUCGUCGUUGUCUCUGUCCCCUGCGCGGAUUUUUGAGGACUCUUCUGGAGUCGUUGCAGCCGAGGGGAAGUUGAAUUUCUCUGGUGAGGCUUCGGUUUUAGGGGCGGGACCGCCCUUUGCGUCUUCGCCGUCUCCUGCCUCGGAGCCUUCUGCCUCAGUGGCACUCAAAGGUCGCGAUGCGUCUGCAGGACGCCUCUCCGGCGAGAACAAUUUCUUCUCCUUCGCGCUGGAGGCGCAUGCGCCGCGACCCGCGGAGGCCCUGGCGUCUUCCCUGGGCGCUUCGACCAGCGCACUCAAGGGGGCGCUGGCCGGGAGUCUCGCGGUGGACGCGCAAGGAGCCGAGGGAGAAAGCGUGAACUGGGACGAGGCGCUCGGUGUCGCGAAAAGCGACUUAAAGGAUCCUCCAAUUCCGCGGACAGAGGAUGAAUGGGAGGCGCUGAUCGGCACGAGCAAGACCGCUAGCUUUUCGGUCUAUCUAGGACGCGAGUUGCUCGACGUUUCCGGCGUUCACUCCAUCCAGGGCGACGCGAGGACACAGUUAGAGGGCGAGAAACGCGAAGGAGGCGGAGCUGCGCCUGCGCCCCCGCGCAUGAAGCCCUGGGAGUCUGUCCUUCUCGUUUUGGACCCCACAACAGCGACGGUGGCGUCUCCCUACUCGCCAGAUUCGGUGAACGAAACGGAGGCGCAACGCGAUCUCCCCAUCGUUCUCCUAGGGGGGGCAGGCGACCCGGGAGCUGCACCGUUUGUCGUUAUCGAAGAAACAUUUACUUCAGACGAAGGAGGCGGUGUCUUGGGUUUCCAGGGAUUGCCGAACGCAGAGCUUUCACACGAGGCAGGAAAAGAUAGAGUGGGAAACCCAAGGCUUAUAGACGGAGACUGUCGCGGGCUCUCUCUCGGGGGUGAGAAGAGGGAGCGCCACACGCAAGCUGCGGGCCGAGUCGAGGGGAAAGAAGGGGAAAAGCGGCUCGACAGAAACGCAGACAGAACAACGCGAAGACAACUGGGCCGUCUCGUGCUUGAGGCACCAGGCAGUGGCAUCGGCCAGAGGGCCUUGAAGGAGAAGGAAGAAGCGGAGAGAAGACUGGCAAACUCGCGGAGCACACACACGAGAGAACAGGAAGAGACCUGCCGGAAGGUAACUGGGGGAGAACCGAAUUGCGACGAAUGGGUUUCCGGUGAAUUGAAAGCGAAAAUAGACAAGGGGGGGACAGAAGAAACAGCAGCGACGGGACUCUGCCAAAUGAAGAAGCCGCUAGGUUCAAACAAGGACCAGGCUGCGACGUCAUCCCAAGCGUCACCUUCGUCGUCUCCUGGUCUUUCGUUGCAAUUUGCUGCGUCUCCCUGUUCGGCUUCGUCUGCCUCCUCUGUGCCGUGUUUCUCCGCUCUUCCCUCGUGCACGGCGUCUUCAUCCCCUCCCGGCUCUGCUCCCCUGGCUUCUUCCUCUGCUUGCUCGUCAUCUGUGCCUUCGACGCCUGACGGAUCCGGAGGGUCAGGCCAGACUCCGUCAUUUGCCUCCUUUCGCGAAAGUCUGCAGCGCGCGGUGUCGUCUGCGUCUCCCGCUGAAGUCGAUCCUCGCCUUUUGCGUCUGUUACGUCUCGCGGACGCGAUGGAGGCAGCCAACGGAGGAAAAUGUCAGGAGGAGAGAAGACAAGCAUCUGGUGAUAUCCGCGCGCAGCCUCCCGGUGGUUCAGCACUUUCUCCCCUGCGCGACUCGACGCCCAGUGAUGAACCUGUGGAGACUGUGGCGGUCGUUUCUUCCCUGCAGCAAAGCCAAGAGAAACCGUCUGAGUGUCCCGCGAGCGAUUCUUUUUCGUCGGAGUCGUCUCUUGUCCUCUCGCCUCUGUAUCGACACGAAGCUCCGGCGUUGUCGCCUGCAGCUGCGGCGUCGCCCGCGGCCUCGUUUUCGACUUUCCUCUUCGCGGGCGCGCCCCCCUCGCCUUCCUACCUCGCCGUGGUCGAGGCGCAACGGGUCCAGAUGGAGGAAAAGCAGAGAGAGAAGAAAGGAAGGCGACUUCUUCAGGAGCUGCUCCGUGGGUUCGGCGGGAAAACCUCCGACUUGCAUGUGCCGAUACCCUUGUGUCUGUUUCCGCCACCUGCGCGUCGACUUUCGCACCUUAGCGCGAUCCAGAUGUGGACCGAACUGCGGCAGAGCCACUGUCCAACGUUCGCCUCCCCAUCGGCGAGUUCUACUCGCGAAGGCACGCGCUCUUCGCGAAACGGAGAGCGCCGGGGGUUCUCGCUCGUCUCUCCCGGCGACAGUCGCUUGGGGCUUGAAGCCUCUCGGGACGUUCCGAACUUUCCUGUCUCGCCGCUUGUUCCAGUCCCUGAGGCCACCGCAGGUUCCCAGAGUCGCGUGCGAGGCGGCGCGCAGAGCGGAGGCGUGCCUGGCGGCGACGGCGGGUUCCUAUCCCGCGGCGAAAUGAAUUUCUCGCCUUCGUCGUCGGCGCCUUCGUCCUCGCCGAUCUCGGCUUCUUCGGACCGGAAGAAAGCAUGUCUGUCGGGUGUCUCGCUCGCGUCGUCGCCCUUUCUCCAGCCUGCGCCGAAGGCCCCCGACAUGGAGGCGCAGGGCGCGGCGUCUCCGAGGGGACAGGUCGGCUCGAACGAGGCUGGCGCGUCAGGCUCUGCGUCCCUGACCGCGGAGGAGCAGCGGGAGGUCGCCGAGCUGAGCUUGGGGUUGAUUCGACGAAGUCCUGACAUUCUUCUGCUCCCGAUUCAACAGCAGGAACUCGCGCUGCAGCAGCAGCUGCACCAGAUAAUGCUCUGCAGGCACUGGUGGGCCGAAAAGAUGGACCGGAGUCUGUACGAGGCGCCGGUGUUCUCGGAGGAAGACAAGAACGCAAAGAUCAUCGACGCGCCGCCCAUGUCCGCGUGCAUGCAAGACGAAGCAAGCAAAAGCCUCGGAGCCGCGUCUCCAACGAGUAGAGAGAAAGACGCUCGAGAGAGAGAGAAGGCCGAGGACGGAGCGCUGUGCAGCGGCGAAGAGCGCGGCAGGAACGAGCGGCCGCCGAAACGCGGCGUGAUCGUGAGUGCGAAGAAACCAGUGACAGGCGGCGAGGAGAAGAAGAAGGCGAAAGGCGCCCGCGCGCGAGAAGAGAAGAAGAGCGAGGAAGACAUCCACGCCUUCCCCAGCAUCCUCGAGCCGUCUAAUCUCAUGAAGGAAAUCUUUGGGCUGCAAAAGUUGCCUGGAAGCAAAGCCUACAGAAAGCUCAAGGAUCCCAGAAGUGGACCGCCCUCCUGGGGCACUCAGGUCUGGUUUUCCCUCGGGCGUCGCGCAGAGCUCGAGUUUCUGCUUCGGCGGCACUUCUAUCCGGAUGCGUGCAAAGGAGCUGUCUCCGCAGCUGCAGAGUCUCCCGCCGCUGCGACUGUCGGCAAGAAACGGGGAAAGGAGACAACUGGCGGCGCGGGUGCAUGGAAGCGGAGCGCGUCGUCGCCGAGCGAGGGCAAGCCUUGCAGCGUGUCGGCUGGUGCAGCGCGCGAGAAGGUGCUGAGAGACAAGAAGGCAAGGAAAGGUCGGGCGGCUGGACGAGGCCGCGAUGACGAGAAAGAAGAAGAUUUGGAGGAAGAAGAAGACGAAGAUGAGCCGGCUCUGGACGGGCUCGAGUCGAGUGCCUCGGUUGAGGUUCUCUGUGAAGAGGGCGACAAAGGGUCCAGUUCGUCGACGGAGAAGGCAGAAGGGGAAGAGGACUGUCUCCUCCAUCCUCUUCUUCUGCUUCGCAUUGCCAACUGCGAGUGGCGCAUCUUGCGCGACUUCGUCCCCGAUGUUGUGAAGGUCUUCAAACAACACGUCCGGUGCUUCAAGCUGAAGCGAAAUCCCUAUGUGACGACGCUCCAGCAACAAGUCGACUACAAACUAGCUGUGAUGUCAUCCCUGCGUUCACCGUUUUACCGCGUCGCCUCUCCGUUCGUGGACCACGCCAUCCGACUAAUUCUUCGGCACCGCUUCGGCGUCUUGUCACUGUCUCUCGUCUCGCCCUCUUCAUGCGAACAGGAGGAGACAGGCGCUGAACGCGGCCCGGGCUCCGCGCCAGGUGCGCGUCCAGACGAAGAAACCGGGGACGCCUUCGCUUCUCGCUCGUCGAGUUCUCGCAUUCUCGACGAGCCGGAGAAACGCGAAGGAGUGGAGGACGAAGAAGAGUUUCGACGGAAAGGGCGAUCGAGCAGCUACGCCCUUCCGUUAUUCGGCCGCGAGAGCCUCGCGAAGCUGCCACCCUCGUCUACGCUUUUCGCCUCAACAGCGGCGACGGCGUCGUCCAGCGCGGCGCAUGCGCCUCUUCCCGCGGUGGCGCGCAGCGGCGAGGAGGAACGUGGCGACGAGCAGCUGGGGAAAGGAUGUCGGAAGAAGGUGAAACGACGCCUACUCGAAGACGACGCGUCUCCAGUCGCGAGCGCGUCCCCUUCCCCAGAGCCUCAGGAGAAGCGCGACAGUCUCGUCUGGGCUUUCCCCUUUGCUUCGUUGGCAGAGGACGACGGCCAAGCAGCGGGGGUCCUCGAGCAGUCAGGAGGGAGAAACCUUCCGCCGGACUGCGCGCAAUUUCUUCGUGUCAUUCAACACAGCGAAGGCGAAGGCGCUGCCGAGUUCGUGGAGACGCAGGAAGACGAAGAACUGCAGUCGCUGUUGUCUCUCUUCCCCUCGCCGUGGCAUGCCGUGCGGCUCUUCGUCCGCCUCUUUGCGGCGCGCAUGCAGAGAGGGUUGGACGACGGAGCCGAUCGACGAGCCGACAAGACCGUGGGGGAAGCGCUGAUCGACGAACACCUUCUGAAAGCCGUUUUGGCGCAUCCCUGGACGCUGUGGCUCUCUUUUUUCUUCUCGAGAACAAAGCAUUCGGAGACUGCGUGUCUCUCCUACUCCCUCGCCGCGUCCCUAGACCGUCUGUCGCCUCUCUUGCCCCCCGUGGCGUCGGUGCCUUCGAUGUCGGUGCCCUCUGCGUCUCCUUCGUCGCCUCGUUUGCCGUAUGCGACUUGUUCGCUUUCUUUGGCAAAGCGCGAGCAGCCGGCGGAUCCUCUCAUUCUGCCCCGGCGGGCGUUUGCACACUACGGACGCUUUCAAGAGUUUCCGCGGUUCGUAUGUGGCGGCGUGGAUCGCGAGAAGUGUAUCCGGCGCAGACGCUUCCGCGUCGAGGUUCGCAAGGGCACAGGCUGUCUAGCGAACAGCUUCUCGUUUUCCUUCUCCUUCUCGCCGUCUUCCGCGUCACGAGACUUGACAAGACACACAAACGAGGAGGCGGAAGUGCGGCAAGAAAGCCAGUCCAGACUGCGUAAGCCGGUUUCUUCUCAAUCUGUGGUGGCGGAGAACUCACGAGGCGACGACCAGGAGGAGAGCCCCGAGUUGCCGGCGCCAGCGACCACUGCCGCGUCGCAGGCCUCCAAGAAGAAGAAAAGCCGCAAGGGCGGCAAGAAGGGUGAGGGGAAGAAGGAAGAGAGACGCGAUGAAGAGACACCCGGUGGAGACUCGGGGACGAGCAGCCAGGAGAAAGAGGCCGCGCUCGAAGAAGAGUGGAGCUCGUGGAGUCUAGAGAGAGUGGGCGUCGGCGGCAAGUACUAUAGGAUGAUUGAGGUCGAGGAGAUUCCAGACGACGAGCUGACCACGGCAGUCUUGCCGCCUUUCCAGUCUUCCUUCCGCGAAGAACUGCGGAGUGUCGAGAACGAGGACGCAGGCCUCCAGGACGAGCCGCAGGCAGAGAUGGCGCCAAGCGACAAGGCGGCUCUAAAAGUCAAACGCGAGCCCGGUGGAGCCGGACCUGUCUCCGUGUCUCCGGCGGCCUCGGGUGUGGACGUCGACGUGACGAAUGCGUUAGAGCGAAAGAACACGACGAAAACGGACGAGAAAUCGACAAGGGAAGGAGAGAAGAGCGAAGUCGAAGAAGAGCCACCGAAAGACCUCGACGAAAAAGAAAGCCUCGCCCUACAGAGACACCUCCUUCGCACCGAGGCACUUCUACGCCUCUUCGAGUACAGGCAAAGCGUCCCAGAAAAGCUCGAACCGGGGCUGGCCGUCCAGUUCGCGAGCAGUCUUAUCCCCGGGAGUCACGUCGCAUGGUGGGAAGGGGUGAUUCUCUCUGUGAAGGAAGACGACGGCUCCGGCACCUCGCCGGUGGCUCCGCAGUUGCCGUCGACGCCUUUUCCGUCUCUGCCUCUGAAGCCUUCAGCCUUUCCGCCUGGGCUGACAGACAAGAAGAAGAAGCGGAGCCGGACAUCGGCACCGUUCCCUUCUGCGUCUGGCGGCAACCAGGAGGCGACACCUGCGUCGCGCGAAGCUGGCGAGCGAGAACAGGAGGGCGAUAAAGGCCGGCGAGGCAAAGACAAACGGGAGAAGACGGUCGACGCGAGAAGCGACGAGGCGGGCGACGCGGCAGACGAAGGCGAAGAAGAGGAACAAGGCGCAUGGGUGGAGAUCGCCUACCAAGUCGGGCCUCGAACCGUGAAGAGAGCGUUCACGACGUUUCGCCUGUUCAUCCCCCAGAAUGUGCCGCUGGCGGAGCCCGCGGAAGGCUGUUGGCGGCUCCGGCCUCGUUCGCCGCUCUGUUCCUCUCCGCCGCCUUCUCUCGCGCGAUUUCUGCGUCUCCUCGACGCCCAAGAAAAGGCAGAGGAGGCCGCAGACUCUCGCCGCGCCUCUUCCUCGCCUUCGCAUACCUCGUCUUCUUCACCGCCUCCGGCGAGUUCUUCUCCCCUUGCUUCCGUAGAUCCCUGGGAGCGAGCGCUUGUGGAGGAAGGAGAAGGAGAAGAAGGAGCCGUUCGGCACAGGUACAAAGUGGGUCUUCUCGCGCAAGACGUCUGGCCAGGUGCCGUCGUUUGCGUCCGCAUGGAGGAGAAUCCUCAUGAGUUACACGACGCCCUCGUUCUGAAUGUGCAGACAUCGCCGUGUUGCUGUCUCGCGCGACAUAGGCAACGGAGCAGCUCUUUCUCCGACGACGAAGACUUCUCUGUCGAAGGGGAAGGUGAGGAGCGCGAGCCUGAAGGAGACGCGCAGGCAGGGAGGGAACGGGCAACAUGCGCAGAAGGAGAGACACGCCUGCAGAGGCUGUCCGGAGAAGAGACGCCGGCGGCCGGGCAGGGAGAAGCCCGCGAGCAGACCGGGAGAGCGGCGGAAGCUGGCCAAACGCGAGCGCCAGAGAAGAAAGAGAAAACUUCCAAACCGGCGACAGAGGUCAGCGCCGCGACCGGUGAGAAGCGUGCAGAAGGACAGGAGGAAAGGACGACGACGAAAAGCGUAGACGAUACAGGGGCGAGUCCCGCGGACGAGCGUGAUGCGAGUCUCCAGGGCAUUCCUAAGUCGGGGGUCCGUGCUGAGAAGCGCGUCCCUGGCAGAUGCACCUGCAGCUGGAAGCUGCAGGUCGUCGAUGCUGCAGACGAGGCGAACGCAUUCACGGUCUGUGCGUCGAGCCACACUCCCCCGUCGUACUUUUCUUCGCUCUUACCGACUUCUUCCUCUCGCGGAGAAGCUGCCGCGGCUGCACCCGCGGCUCCCCCGCUUCGCUGCGCCCUCGAAGGCCGGCGCCAGUUUCUUCCUUCUUCGUCUUCUCCUUCGCCCGUACGGGUGGUGGCUGUGAAGUUGCUCUACUUCGCCGAUGCGGCUGUCGAGUGGAUCUCCGUGGACGUCCUCCGUUAUCGCCUGUGCUACGAUGUGCAUCCGCAGGAUCCAUCUGUGCCGCUCGCGCAGCUUCGGCCUCGGUGGGUCUGGGUGAUCCCGCGGUUCGUCUCGCCCUUGCCGCGGAAGCUCUACCACCUGCAGGAGCUUCUCGCCGCGCUCGCGAAUCCGGCGUCUGCGUCAGGGGUGGGGCCUCCUGCCUCCGCCUGCGGUGAGACGCUCGGCGGGAAGGCGCUCGGCGACCGCGACGAUGGCUUUUCGCCAGCUUCAGCGUCGGUGCACACCGUCUUCUCCCGGUACCUGCGCGUCGCUCCCGGAACUGCCGCCUGCGCGAAAGCGUCGCUGUGGUACAUUCCGGUGGACCUGCAGCUGCACCCUGCAUGCAUGCCACCCUUCGUCCAUGUGCCUGCCGUCUGCUUGCCAUCGAACACGAAGAAGCGCGAGAAACUCGAGGAGCAGAAGCGCGGCAACGAGAAGAGGGUCGAAAGCGAGAAAAACAGCGAAACCGGGAAGGGCGAGGGGGAAGGAGCCGCGGAGAGAGGAGGCGAGGCGGGCAAUGCGGGGGACUGUGCGGAGGAUCUUGAGAAGGAAAAGAAGGUCCGGGAGAAAAGGAAGACCGGCGACGCAGAGGACACCGAACCUGCAGACGAGAAAGGGAGGCUGCAGGGCGAGGGCGCGAAGAAGAAGAGGAAAACUGCAGAGGAAGACUGUGAGGCGCGAGCGACAGACGAGAAGGAUUCCGAGAAGUCCGCGAAGCAGGACUCAAGGCGGGUAUGCGAGGCGAAAGUGGCGGGUGCAGGAACGCCGACGGACGCCCUCUGUGCGUCGGCCCUGGCCUCGCCACAGCCGGUCGCUGCGGCGUCUCUGGCGGUCGGGAACUCACGGGGCUCGUCGGCCGCGGCCAGUUCGAACCGGGACAGUCCUGCGCCACAGACAGACGAGAAGGAGGCGACGCCGAUUCUGUUUGCGCCGACCAUCUGCAAAUUCCUCCAACCUGACUUGGAUCCACGCGCGCUGCUCCUGCAGAACUUGUGGAUCUACCGCUAUCCUUCGAUGCCUUAUUUCCCUCCCCACACGGCUCCUGCCAUUGGGGCGAUGCUGGCGUCCGCGCAGGGCUCUGCGGUUUCAAAUCGCCAUGCCUUCGUGCGUCGCGAGCCACUCUUCGCUGCUCGUCUGGACGAAGAAGGCGGCGACGAGAGGGAGACUGUCUCUGCGCAGGCGCAGGCGCAGGCCGGAGACGGAGUUGCAGGAGGCGAAGAGGAGCCGGGGCGGACCUUGCAAAAGACUGCGAGGAGAGGAGCGUCGGUGGAAAGGAGAGCUACGCGCUCCGAAAGCGAGCAGGGCCGAGACUCGACAGGGCUGCCAGAUGCCGGCGACACGGACGGGACGGCUCCAGUCUCGUCGACCGAGGUCGCACGGGGCUCACUGGAGACCGAAGAAGGGAGGCAGGCGCCUCCAGGGGAACGGACAUUCAUCCCGGAAGGCUUGCGGCAGGAUUCAGGAAGCGCUCAAGGAGAUGCACCCUGCGAGAAGGCGACUGUGCAUGCAGGAGAGAAGCAAGACGAGGCUGGAGUAGAGGGAGAACACGGGAGAGGUAGAACGGGGGCCGAGGACGGCCCCGACCUCGACUCGCCACCCUCUCCCCCAGUCCCAAUGGCUCCCGGGGAGGCGGCAGCCAGUCAGGGCGGUGGCCUUCAAACAAACACAAAAGAGACGAAAGACGAGAUGGCGCUGGGGACAGUCGCACAUGAUGCCAAAGAGAGACGAGAUGAGAAACUAGACUGCGUUUCGCUGAUAGGCAGGGAGUCUGAAGCCUCGCUCACCCCUGCUGCAGGCGGCCUCAACAGCGCGUCGAUGGAGUCACCAGAUGACCGGAGACGCGGAGAGAACAAAGCCAGUCUGGACGCUGCGAGAGAUUCUGAGAAAUCAGUGGAGAACCGAGACGAGACGCCGGAAGAGAAGAGGGGGAGAGAGAAGCGAGAGCGCGACGGGGAGAGUUUGCAUGCAAGCGGGAACCCGAGCUACCGGUUGGGCUCCCGGAAGAAGGCAUCGACAGGUCGUGCCUCAGCUGCGCCGGAGCCAGACGAGGGCAACACCGUGGAAGAAGGACAGGACUUUGAAGAGGAGCGAAGCUUAGGGGAAGAGGCUGGAAGCAAGGGGGUCAAGAGUGAGCUCGAGGAGCCCGCGGGAGGAGCUCUGGACGAGGACGAGAAGGCGCCCGACAGCGAAAAGAAGGGAGACGAGUGUCGCCGAAAUGCCAAGCGAAAGCUUCUGAGUGUGGCGCCUGCCGCCACGGUCUCUGCGUGCUCGUCUCCUGCUUCGUGUCUCGGCGAAGACCUGAGAGAGGAGAAGAGCGGCGACAUCGCGGAGAGGGAGGAAGACGCAACCGCUUCUUCUGCCAGCUCGUCCGCUACUCUCAAGAACAAGCGAGGCGGGAGGCGCACGCGGCGCGCAUACGAAGGGGAGAGGGAGCUUAGAGAUGGCGAGACGAAAGAGAUGAGUGGCGGCGAGAGAGAGCGAAAGAAGGGGAAGAAACUGUCCCCUGUUACCGUUCACAUUUCCAAGGGCCAGAAAGACGGCCCCGACCGAGAGUUUCCUCUCUCGUCCUCCCUCAGUCUUCCUGCUGCAUUGCUCAGCACCAACGAAGGCGCCUCUUCCCCGUCGUCUUCGUCUUCUUCGUCUUCAUUCAUCGAAAUCGUCGAAGUCGAAAGUGUGUCGACUCCCGGCAGUGUGCCGCGCGUUGUCCUCGACGAAGACGAAGAUGCCGCGCGUUCUCUGUUGAAAGACAGACGCGGUCGCGGGACCCCCGGCGUUUCUUCCCUCGCCGUGGCGCCUGCCUACGGCGAAGUGGACCUGCCUCGCGGCUCUUCCCAGAGCUCGCAAAGUGAGGCGCUAGCGCCGUCGUCUUCUUCGCUUUCGUCUCCGGUUUCUCUUUCUGCGUCGCCAGCGCCUUCGCCUUCUUCUCUUGCGUCUCCCUCUUCUCCCGCGUCGUCUUCUCCGUCUUCUCUCCCUUCUUGUUCUUCUUCACCCUCUGCAUCGUCCAUCCUUCAGGGAGGGGUGAGGCCAAUCCGGAGCAAUGGGCCUCGGCAGGGCGACUCCGCAACUUUCGCGUUGCGAGGCUCUCCUGCUGUCUCUGCAUCUGCUUCUUCUCUCGCGUCUGCGUCCGCCUUUCUCGUCUCUGACGGCGAGCGAGGGGCUCGACGCGCAGAGGGAGACUGGGAGAGAACAAGACGGCACCCUCUCGACGCCGAGAAAGAAGAGUCGACCGGCGGCGCCUUGCACACCCGCGAAGACGACAGUGGGCGCGGUAUUGGGACCUCGUUUUCGGCCGGGUCCUGGGGUCUGGAAGCGCCGUCUCUGGGCCUAGGUCGCGGUCGACGCGGGGACAAGGAGCGCGGCGUCGAGCGACGCGACGAAGAGCUCGAUGAAGGCAGUGAAGCCCACAGAACGGGGAGGACGCAGCCGGUCCUCGAGUGGCACCAACUGACGUGGAUCACGGAGGACGAGGUCGAAGACGAAAGGAAGCGCGACCACCGAAGAGACAGCAAAGGCGCGAAAAAGAAGGUGAAGGUGACUGGCGUGAAGACCGGCGCAGGGCCUUCGCGCGCCCUGCCCGUUGCGGCGAGGGAGGCGCACCAGGCGGCGCUCGCGCCUGGAGGAUCUGCGCCGCGUGACGGGUUGAAACGAGGGAAAGGCAUCGACAAACCUCCUGAGCAGCCUGGAGUCGCUCACGAUGCUCCCUCACCUCUCUAAGAACUCAAGGAGUUCGGACGACAAUCAGCGUCAUCCGUCCAGACGUUCAUCCAGCCGUCGGUCCAGCCGGCUUCCUGUGAGGGUCUUUCAGGUUCCCAGCGGGAGGGCGCAACAGACUGGGUCGGAACGGAGAAUGGGGGCGCAAGUAAAAGUGCGAGGAAGAAAGGAGGUUGGAGACGGACAGAGGCGGCGGUGCGAGUGGGGGCAGGAGUGGUGCGUCUGUCUUUUUUGGGAUCUAGUUUGCUUUGUUUUUCAAAGAGCCAGAAAACCGAGACACACUGUCUUGCUUUCAGUCCGCACACUUCCUCCACGAGCAGCGCGGUCGCGCAUUCUUCGUGUGAGAUUCGCUUCUCUGUUUUCUUCAAGAAUAUCGAAAAACCACAGACAACCCGAUGCUCGCGUUCCAGGGAUGCGCCAAGAAAAAAAAAACGAACACCACACGACACGGACCGCUCAACGCCGGAAAGCCUCACCGUUCGUCCUGCCUCUUUCCCUCUUGUUUCCGCCUCCUUUCUAAUUCGUCCUGCUGUUCUACGUUCUCUCUGCCACGGUACACAGUACACGCGCAUGACAGCUCAGACGUAUACAAAUAUAUAUCGGUAUGUGUAUGUGUGUCUGGCUAGAGGCGCAGAGAGGCUGCAUCAUUUUGAAGUGAUAUCUGGCCUAGCUACAUGCAUAUGCGCCUGUGGAUGCUUUGGGCUGAGUGUAGCCAAUCGCUCCUCGUUUGCCCUUCGCCACAGCGACUGUCACAAAAUAGGCACGACAGCUACCAGAGGCAUUACCGGAAGUUUGGGAAUGCAUGCGUCGUGGAGAAGAAACUCAGUACUCCCACGGUCGU